AAAUUAAGGAAAAAAGAAAACUAUGGAAGAAGCAUCCCCUGAAGAGAUCACAGCUCCUCUCAUAUCUUGGAAUGAGAAAAAUGAUUAUGUAAACAACCCAUCAUCAUCGUCACAGUCGAAAUCUGGAUCGGAAGUUAAUGAGGUAUCAUUGGAACCGGAGGAGAACUCGCCGGUCAGACAGGUGGCCUUAACCGUACCAACUACAGAUGACCCUUCUCUACCAGUCCUCACAUUCCGAAUGUGGGUUCUGGGGUCUCUCUCCUGCGUCGUGUUAUCGUUUCUUAACCAAUUCUUCUGGUACCGAACGGAGCCUAUGACCAUCACCGCCAUCUCCGCCCAGAUAGCGGUGGUGCCUCUAGGCCGACUGAUGGCUGCCAGGAUCACAAACCGCGUCUUCUUCAAAGGGACUCGAUUGGAAUUCACCCUCAACCCGGGGCCCUUCAAUGUGAAAGAACAUGUUUUGAUCACAAUCUUCGCCAACUCCGGUGCUGGAACUGUCUAUGCCAUCCAUAUUGUGACCGUGGUUAAGGUUUUUUAUAAGAGGCACAUCUCCUUCUUUGUGUCCUUGAUUGUUGUCAUAACAACUCAGGUAUUGGGAUUUGGUUGGGCUGGGAUAUUCAGGAAGUAUCUUGUGGAACCGGCUGCUAUGUGGUGGCCUGCCAAUCUUGUUCAAGUUUCUUUGUUCAGGGCUUUGCACGAAAAGGAAGUGAGGCCCAAGGGUGGAGUCACAAGAACCCAAUUCUUCCUAAUUGCCUUCAUUUGCAGCUUUGCUUACUAUAUCUUCCCCGGCUACCUCUUCGAAAUGCUAACUUCCCUUUCUUGGAUAUGUUGGAUCUAUCCAAAAUCUGUGCUGGCCCAACAACUCGGUUCUGGUCUUUACGGGCUCGGAAUUGCUGCUUUUGGAAUUGAUUGGUCCACCAUCUCAUCCUACCUUGGAAGCCCACUUGCAAGCCCAUGGUUUGCCACAGCAAAUGUAGCUGUAGGAUUCAUAUGUGUCAUGUAUGUUUUGACUCCCGCCUGCUACUGGCUCAAUGUCUACAACGCCAAAACAUUCCCCAUUUUUUCAGAUGAUCUCUUCAAUGCAACAGGUCAAGAGUACAACAUCUCCGCCAUCGUUGAUUCCAAUUGCCAUCUCAACCUUGAGGCCUACUUGAAAGAAGGACCUGUUUUCCUAAGCACAUUUUUUGCAAUGACUUAUGGAGUUGGUUUUGCUGCACUUACUGCAACAAUUGUUCAUGUGGCAUUAUUUCAUGGAAGGUACCUUCCAUCCACAACUUUGCCUUAGGUCUUAGCUAAUUGAAGGAAACUCAACUCACUUAUUAAUCUUUUGAAAAUGUAGAGAAAUUUGGGAGCAAAGCAAAGCAAGCUUUAUGGAGACGAAAAUGGACAUACACACAAGACUAAUGAGGAGGUAUAAGCAAGUUCCAGAAUGGUGGUUUGUGUGUAUUCUUUUGGUAAACAUUGCAGUCACGGUAUUUGCUUGCGAGUAUUACAUUGAUCAGCUUCAAUUGCCCUGGUGGGGAGUUUUGCUUGCAUGCACAAUUGCCAUUUUAUUCACUCUUCCGAUUGGGAUAAUCACAGCAAUCACAAAUCA